UACUCAAAGAAUUAGAUGAAUCUCUCUGUUUCUUUCGCUUUCUCUUUUUAUUUUCUCUUGUUGCUGUUGUUUUUGGGGCUGGCUUCUUCAUCUGGGUUUGACCCGUUGGAGCUCCGAUCUUUGCUUGAGUUCAAGAAAGGCAUCAAGCACGAUCCUCUCCAUAAGGUGCUUACGGUAUGGGAUCCGUAUACCCGACCCGACCCUACUUCUUGGACCGGCGUAACCAGCGACCCCAAUUCCGGCUUCAUCGUUUCCAUCAACUUAGACCAUCUUUGCCUCGUCGGCGACCUCAAGUUCCACACUCUCAUUCCUCUCAGGAACCUCCAGAACCUUUCGUUGUCGGGCAACAGUUUCACGGGUCGGAUUGCACCCGCAUUGGGAUCGAUAACCUCGCUGCAAUAUUUAGAUCUGUCUGAUAACCAGUUCAUCGGUCCUAUCCCGGGUCGGAUCGCAGACCUUUACGGGUUAAAUUAUUUGAAUUUGUCGAUAAACAAGUUCGACGGAGGGUUUCCAGACGGGUUCCGAAAUUUACAGCAAUUAAGAGUGUUAGAUUUACACAACAAUACGCUUCGAGGCGAUAUAGGCCAGCUACUCAGUGAGUUAAGGAACGUUGAACACGUUGAUUUGAGUUAUAACGAGUUUUACGGGGGUUUGCAUGUGUCGGUUGAGAAUGUGUCCAGUUUGGCUAAUACAGUUCGUCAUGUGAACUUGAGUCAUAACCAGUUGAAUGGUGGGUUCUUGAAAGAGGAAGCAGUUGGUUUGUUUAAGAAUUUGCAGGUUUUGGAUUUGGGUGAUAAUUCGAUUGCAGGGGAGUUGCCAAGUUUCGGGUCAUUGCCGGGUUUGCGGGUUUUGCGAUUGGGUAAAAAUCAGCUCUUCGGACCGGUGCCGGUGGAGUUGCUUGAGGGUUUUGUUCCGUUGGAGGAGUUGGAUCUCAGUCACAAUGGAUUCACGGGUUCCAUUCGCAUGAUUAAUUCUACAACGUUGAAGGUUCUGAAUCUUUCGUCUAAUCAGUUGUCUGGUGAUUUGCCCUCUUCUUUAAUUAGCUGUGAAUUGGUUGAUUUGAGUAGCAACAUGAUAUCUGGUGACAUAUCUGUUAUAUCGAAUUGGGAAGCCUCCUUGGUGGAUCUUGAUUUGAGUUCAAACAAUUUGUCAGGUAGCCUGUCAAACUUGUCUCUCUUUGAGGAUUUGAACACAUUUAAUCUUAAGAAUAAUUCCCUUGUUGGUGCCUUGCCUGCUUUAUUGGAUACAUCUCCAAGAUUAUCUGUUAUUGAACUCAGUUUGAAUCAACUCAGUGGGCAUAUUCCUGGCAGUUUCUUCACUUCUACAACAUUGAAAAGCCUGAAUCUUUCCAAAAAUUAUUUCACUGGACCAAUUCCACUUCAAGCCUCCCGUGUUAAUGAAUUACUUGUGAUGUCAACUUAUCCCCAGAUGGAGUCACUUGAUCUGUCCGAUAAUUCCUUGACAGGUGGUUUGCCUUCAGAGAUUGGUAACAUAGCUAGGCUCAAAAUGCUGAAUCUUGCAGGCAAUGAAUUAUCAGGCCAGCUACCUAGUGAAUUGAGCAAACUUAGUGAUUUGGAAUCCCUUGAUUUAUCGAGAAACAACUUCAAGGGUAAAAUCCCUGAUAACCUUUCAACUAGCCUUAGUGAAUUUAAUGUGUCCAAUAAUGAUUUGUCGGGUCAUAUUCCAGAAAAUUUGAGAGGCUUCCCUAGGUCUUCAUUUUCUCCAGGAAACUCAUUGCUAAUGCUCCCUAAGGGCAUGCCAUCAACAGACUCAACUCAGGAUCAAACCCUUGGUUAUGCGAGACAUCAUAAUUCAAAGGGAAAUGUUACAGUAGCAAUUAUUGUUGCCUCCGUCGUAGCAGCUGUAAUGAUUGUUUUUAUAUUAUUGGCACUUUACCGAGCACAAAUUAAAGAAUUUCGUGGAAGAUGUGGAUUUUUUGACACAGCUACUGGAGCUGAUGCAAAGUCAGGUGGGCUUGCACGACCCUCCCGUUUCAAGUUCCACUCAAAUGUUCAGGGGCCACAAACUUCAUUAAGUUUUUCACAUGAUCACUUGCUUACUCCAAAUUCUAGGUCACUGUCUGGACAGCAAGAAUUUGUUCCUGAAAUUGUUGAGCAUGGUGUGGCUGAGAGAGUGACCACGGCUUCCGCAUCUGUAAAACCUAAUCUUCUAGAUAUUGAGUCGGUAUCAUCUGGGAGGAAAUCCUCCCCAGGCUCUCCAUUAGCAUCAUCACCACAUUUUAUUGAAACAUGUGAACAGUCUGUGACAUUGGAUGUUAACUCACCAGAUCGUUUGGCUGGAGAAUUGUUCUUCCUUGAUACUUCAUUAUCAUUCACUAUUGAGGAGUUAUCUCGAGCUGCAGCAGAAGUUCUUGGACGAGGCAGCCAUGGAACUCUGUAUAAAGCUACUCUGAGUAAUGGACGUAUGUUGACUGUGAAGUGGUUGCGUGUAGGACUGGUUAAACAUAAGAAAGAAUUUGCUAAGGAAGUUAAAAAGAUAGGGUCUGUGAGGCAUCCUAACUUUGUUCCAGUCCGAGCAUACUAUUGGGGUCCAAGGGAACAAGAAAGGCUUCUCCUAUCAGAUUAUAUCCAGUGUGAUAGUUUGGCAUUGCAUCUCUAUGAAACUACUCCUCGGAGGUACUCCCCAUUAUCUUUCAGCCAAAGACUUAAAGUUGCCGUGGAAGUUGCUCAGAGUCUGUUAUACCUACACGAUAGAGGUCUGCCUCAUGGAAACCUGAAGCCGACAAACAUACUCCUUUCUGAUCGUGAUUACCAUGCUUGCCUUACUGAUUAUUGUCUACACCGGCUAAUGAAGUCGACAGGAAUUGCUGAGCAGAUAUUGAAUCUGGGAGCUCUUGGAUAUCGGGCUCCCGAACUUGCUUCCAUGUCUAAACCAGUCCCAUCAUUUAAGGCUGAUGUAUAUGCAUUAGGAGUGAUCCUGAUGGAAUUGUUAACAAGAAAAAGUGCUGGUGACAUAAUAUCAGGUCAAUCGGGAGCAGUGGAUCUGACGGAUUGGGUUCGGUUAUGCGAUCAAGAAGGACGGGGAAUGGACUGUAUUGACAGAGACAUAGCUAGUGGAGAAGAACACACAAGAGCAAUGGAUGAUUUGCUUGCCAUAUCAUUGAGGUGUAUUCUUCCUGUUAAUGAGAGGCCUAACAUCAGACAAGUUUACGAGGAUCUCUGUUCAAUAUCCCCUUGAAGUUUUGUACAUUCGUCUUGGAAUUCAUUUUUUGUCAUUCCUUGACCACAUUGUUGUUUUUCU